AUGGGUGUUUGUGCCUCAUAUCCAGGAGCAAAUGAAAUCAAAGGCGGAGGAGAAGAUCAUAAUGGCGUCAGAUGGCCGUCAACAGCCAAGGUCAUCCACAUGGACGGUCGAGUGGAAGAGUUGAAGGCUCCAAUCCCAGCCAGAAACAUCAUCUCUCAGAACCCCAACCAUUUUCUCUGCAGCUCUGAGGCCAUGUCCAUGAACAAUUGCAUGCCACAAAUGCCAGGAGAAGAAGAGCUCCAACUGGGUCAAAUUUACUUUCUCCUGCCACUGUCUCAUGCCCACAAGCUUCUUGCUCUGAAAGAUAUGUGUUCUCUUGCCAUAAAAGCCAACUCUGCUUUCGGUAAUUAA